AUGGAGACCAAUAAGGAGGAGAAUACGGUGCUUCUUGGUGGCAUAGAGUUUCCCCUAUGCAACCAAGAAGACGAUUGCCUCGCCUCCGUAGACGGCUGCACCUACACCAAGCUUGUCACGUUCGACAAUCGGAAGAGCGGAUAUGACCUCGUUGCCAAGAGGCCCAGCGAUCAACUCCUGGAAACUCCCUUAUCAAUUUCAGUCGACAGUCACUGGGGGGAUACUAUUCCAGAGCUUCGAACAAUUCCUGAUUCUUUUAUCAAGUGGAUUGAGCCGGAGCAUUUGGAGGCUGCUGAGCAGGAGUACAAUAAGCAGGGGAACCGUGAGCAGGAUCACUUGGCCCCGAUGGACCAAUAG